CGCCGCGUCCCCGCCCGCCCGUCCGAGCCCUGAGCGCCCCCCGCCGCAUCCCACCCACCCCGAGCACCAUGAAUCAGAUCGAGCCCGGCGUGCAGUACAACUACGUGUACGACGAUGACGAGUACAUGAUCCAGGAGGAGGAAUGGGACCGCGACCUGCUCCUCGACCCCGCCUGGGAGAAGCAGCAGAGGAAGACCUUCACUGCCUGGUGCAACUCCCAUCUCAGGAAAGCUGGCACCCAGAUUGAGAACAUUGAGGAGGACUUCAGGAAUGGCCUCAAGCUCAUGCUGCUUUUGGAAGUCAUCUCAGGAGAACGACUGCCCAAACCUGACCGAGGGAAAAUGCGAUUUCAUAAAAUCGCUAAUGUCAACAAAGCCUUGGAUUACAUAGCCAGCAAAGGUGUGAAACUGGUGUCCAUCGGUGCUGAAGAAAUUGUUGAUGGCAACGUGAAAAUGACACUGGGUAUGAUCUGGACCAUCAUCCUUCGCUUCGCUAUUCAGGAUAUUUCAGUUGAAGAGACAUCAGCUAAAGAAGGGCUGCUGCUUUGGUGUCAGAGGAAAACCGCUCCUUACAGAAAUGUCAACAUUCAGAACUUCCACACCAGCUGGAAGGACGGCCUUGGACUCUGUGCGCUCAUCCACAGACACCGGCCUGACCUCAUUGACUACUCAAAGCUUAACAAGGAUGACCCAGUAGGAAAUAUUAACCUGGCCAUGGAAAUUGCAGAGAAGCACCUGGAUAUUCCGAAAAUGUUGGAUGCUGAAGACAUUGUGAACACUCCCAAACCUGAUGAAAGAGCUAUCAUGACAUACGUUUCCUGCUUCUACCAUGCUUUUGCGGGAGCAGAGCAGGCUGAGACAGCGGCUAACAGGAUAUGUAAGGUUCUUGCUGUGAAUCAAGAGAAUGAGAGGCUGAUGGAAGAAUAUGAGAGGCUAGCAAGUGAGCUUUUGGAAUGGAUUCGCCGCACCAUCCCCUGGCUUGAGAACCGGACCCCUGAGAAGACCAUGCAAGCCAUGCAGAAAAAGCUGGAGGACUUCCGGGAUUACCGUCGGAAGCACAAGCCCCCGAAGGUGCAGGAGAAGUGCCAGCUGGAGAUCAACUUCAACACCUUGCAGACGAAGCUGAGGAUCAGCAACCGUCCUGCUUUCAUGCCCUCUGAGGGCAAGAUGGUGUCGGAUAUUGCUGGUGCCUGGCAGAGGCUGGAGCAGGCAGAGAAAGGCUAUGAGGAAUGGCUUCUCAAUGAGAUCCGGAGGCUGGAGCGCUUGGAACAUCUGGCGGAGAAGUUUAGGCAAAAGGCAUCCACGCAUGAAACAUGGGCUUACGGCAAAGAACAGAUUUUGCUGCAGAAGGAUUAUGAGUCGGCGUCCCUGACCGAGGUCCGGGCUCUGCUGCGGAAACACGAGGCUUUCGAGAGUGACCUGGCGGCGCACCAGGACCGGGUGGAGCAGAUCGCGGCCAUUGCUCAGGAGCUCAAUGAGCUGGACUAUCAUGAUGCCGUGAAUGUCAAUGACCGGUGCCAGAAAAUUUGUGACCAGUGGGACAGACUGGGAACGCUUACUCAGAAGAGGAGAGAGGCCUUGGAGAGAACUGAGAAAUUGCUAGAAACCAUCGAUCAGCUUCAUCUCGAGUUUGCCAAGAGAGCUGCUCCUUUCAACAACUGGAUGGAGGGCGCCAUGGAGGACCUGCAGGACAUGUUUAUUGUUCAUAGUAUUGAAGAAAUCCAGAGUUUGAUCACUGCCCAUGAGCAGUUCAAGGCCACGCUGCCAGAGGCGGACGGGGAACGGCAGUCCAUCAUGGCCAUCCAGAAUGAGGUGGAGAAGGUGAUUCAGAGUUACAGCAUCCGAAUCAGCUCAAGCAACCCCUACAGCACUGUCACCAUGGACGAACUCCGGAUGAAGUGGGACAAGGUGAAGCAGCUGGUGCCCAUCCGGGAUCAGUCGCUGCAGGAGGAGCUGGCCCGCCAGCACACCAAUGAGCGCCUGAGACGCCAGUUCGCUGCACAGGCCAAUGCCGUCGGGCCCUGGAUCCAGAACAAGAUGGAGGAGAUUGCCCGGAGCGCCGUCCAGAUCACAGGAGCGCUGGAAGACCAGAUGAACCAGCUGAAGCAGUAUGAGCACAACAUCAUUAACUACAAGAACAAUAUUGACAAGCUGGAAGGAGAUCACCAGCUCAUCCAGGAGGCCCUGGUCUUUGACAACAAGCACACCAACUACACCAUGGAGCACAUUCGUGUUGGAUGGGAAUUACUGCUGACAACCAUUGCCAGAACCAUCAAUGAAGUGGAGACCCAGAUCCUGACCAGAGAUGCGAAGGGCAUCACCCAGGAGCAGAUGAAUGAGUUCAGGGCCUCCUUCAACCACUUCGACAGGAGGAAGAACGGGCUGAUGGAUCAUGAGGAUUUCAGAGCCUGCUUGAUUUCCAUGGGUUAUGAUUUGGGUGAAGCUGAAUUUGCCCGCAUUAUGACCCUGGUGGACCCCAAUGGACAGGGCACAGUCACCUUCCAGUCCUUCAUUGACUUCAUGACUAGAGAGACAGCUGAUACCGACACAGCUGAACAGGUCAUCGCCUCCUUCCGGAUCCUGGCUUCUGAUAAGCCAUACAUCCUGGCAGAGGAGCUACGACGAGAGCUGCCCCCAGACCAGGCUCAGUACUGCAUCAAGAGGAUGCCCGCUUACUCGGGGCCAGGCAGCGUGCCUGGUGCUCUGGAUUACACCGCCUUCUCCUCUGCACUCUAUGGGGAGAGUGAUCUGUGAGGCCCAGGUUCUGUAAUUGUUGAUCCCAAUCAGAACGCAAUAAAAGCUCAAGCCGCGGUUGAUUUCUUAGAAACUUUGACAAGCUUUAUUAAGUUAAAAGAGAGAGAGAAAGGGGGAGAGAGAGAAAGAGAGAGAGAGAAAAAUUUUUUUAAAAAUAAUGCCAGCAAUGUAACCUGGCUGAAAUUCAGUUUCUAUAGUUAUGUGGCAGUUUGCUUUGAUAGGUUUCUUCUGAAUUUUUUAGUUGAAUGUGAUGGAAUGUCAGGUUGUUUGUUUCUUUGCUAAAACUGAACCGAUUACUUCAGUAAUAUAGAAUUAGGAUCAUCUCGGGGCAGAAGGAAACAUUUUAAAUGGGAAAUUUCAAAGGUACAGAAGUUUAAGUCCAGGAGAAAAAAGUUGCUAACUUGCUAAAUGUUUGCUAUUUUUAAAAAUAUUCUUCAUAUCAGUAUGCUUGUGUGAUUCCCCCUAGGGGAAUCCAGUUAGGGAUAUUAGUAUUUUGCUUUCUUGACUAUCCAAAGAUUAAUUGUGUUUAGUAUAAAUGGUAUUAUCAUUUCUUUUAAUGAAUUUAAUAGUGUGGGUGACACUUCCAGGGAAUAGAAACAAGACUGCCUGAAAGAUAUUAAAAAAGAGAGAGAGAGAAGAUUUAGUCUGCUCUUUGUUAUUUAGACUGCAUAAUCCAAUUCGUAGUUUCAAUGCCUUAUUUUUCCUCCAAAGUAGGGACCUCAGGAAACAGGAAGUCAAUAUAAUGGUCAGGGUGGAAGGUAGAAUCGCAAGAUAAAGUGAGUUGUUCUUUUUUUAAGGUUAUUUAUCGAUUCCAGGUUUUCUGCUUUUUCUAGAGCUUGUUAGGAUAGCUUCUCAGGAGUUUACUGUGUAUGGUUUGUUUUCACAAGAACAGGUAUCUAUAGUAAUAGUUUAUAGCAAAUCAGAGAAACAGAACCCCAAGAGCUCUCUAGGUAGAAUUCUUCAUGCUUUUAGUUUGAUGGUAGGGUAAGGAUGAAUCCCCAACAACAGUAGAGGUAAGUUCAUCCAUUGCAGAGCCUUUACAUAUCUUUAGGUGAAUUCUUUUUUUGGUCUAGAAGGCAUUACUAGAACUUUCAGCGAGCAUUUGGCAUGGCCUGUGCUCAGUGCUGUUAUUGAAAAGUUCUGAGUCUGGCUAUGUCUGCAUCCAAAGUCCCAUUGCAGAAGACAUUAUCAUAUGUGCUUCCAGCAUUGUCUUCGUCUCUUCAGUGUUUAUUCAGUUUUCUGCUGAUGCUUACCUGAAUAUCACUCCCUGCUCUGUUUUGUUUCGUUUUUUUUUUUUCAUCUUGUUGACAGCUUGUAGAGAAUAAAGCAGGAAUUCUUUUUAUAUCUGAGUCCUUAAUGAUAAGGACGUGAAUUAUAAACAAACAAAAACAGUUACAAUAGCAAUUCAAGUGUUAGAAAAAUUAACAGUUAAGUGUCUAUUACAAACAGCUAUUUCCUAACAGCUGGAAAUAUAUUUUUCUUUCAUAACUGUCUGGUAACUUAAUACAUUUACCAAAUUGGCCCAUUUAAAACCUUGAAGCUUUUAUAAAUUUUGUUUCAUUUGCUUAAUUUUAUUGUCAUUGGCAAAUUCCUGAAAUGUCUGAGUACUUGAGUUUAAUGCUGAAUGCUUUUGGGAUGGUGGUUAGGUGAAUUCUGACUCCUUAUUUUAUUUCAAGCAGGUGCUAUAUUUUAGCCAUAUACAUUAAGGCAAAUCUGGGAAGUUGUUCUACCUUUGAGGGAUUUGUGGUGUUUUAUGAUGGGAAUAGGUAGCUUAUCUACCUAAAAUUUUAAUAUCUUUACAACACUCAGUCAAGAGAAUGGAUCGAUACUGUUUGCUAAUAAAUGAAGGAAGUAAACUCUGAAAACACUUAAUAAACAUGUUUAUACUCUCA